AUGGAUAAAGAUAAUAUUAACAUUAUUAACUCAAUAACUAAACCAUAGAAGAAGUUAUCAGUUUCAAAUAAAACAGAAGCCAAAAAGAUUUCUCAACCCUCUACUUUGGCUAAAAAAACUACAUCAAACACUUCUAAAAAUCUUUCUAACUAAGUCAAGACUUCUCCAGAAGUUCAAUAAUUGAUUUCUUAAGUAAUUAAAUAAGCAUCUUUAAAGCCAAAGUCAGUUGCUGUUUAAAAAUAAUCUUUAGCCUAAAACCCUAUUAAAGCGAAAGCUACAUAGCUUAAAUCUGCAGUUUCAAAAUAACUUACUUCAUUUUAAAAAUCUGAUAUCUCUAUUCAAAAGGAAGAAAAAAUAUAAAAGCUAGAUACCAAAACUAUGCUUCGAGAGUAAGAAAUUAAACCUGACUUAUAACAAAUGAUUAAAGAUGCUAAAAAACCAUCUUAUGAUUUGGAAAAAGGUUUAACAUUUGAAAUCAAAACUCUUAACAAGCAUUUCUAAUUCAAUAAUGAAUAAGAUUGCAAUAUUCCUAUCAUGGUCUCAGUUAAGACUUAAGAUUCUACUAACGAUAUUUUAGAAGAGUAAAAGGAAUAGGUAAAAUAAGCAGAAUAGUCAAGACCAAGCAUAGAUUUAGUUUGUGUUAUUGAUAAUUCAGGAUCUAUGUAAGGAGAAAAGAUUUAAAAUGUUAAAACAACACUUCUUUAACUACUUGAUAUGUUAAAUUCUAACGAUAGAUUAUCAUUAAUUCUAUUCAAUUCUUAUCCUACUCUUUUAUGUAACUUAAGAAAAGUUGAUGAUAAGAAUACACCAAAUAUUUAGAAAAUUAUCAAUUCUAUAACUGCUGAAGAAUACACAGACAUCAAUAGUGGUAUGCUCAUGGCUUUUAAUAUUUUGUAAAAGAGACAAUUUUUCAACCCAGUUAGUUCUAUUUUCUUGCUUUCUGAUGGCCAAGAUAAUGGAGCUGAUGAAAAAAUUAAAAAAUAUAUCAAUUCAAAUCAAUCAUUGAAAAAUGAAUGCUUUUCUAUUCACUCAUUUGGAUUUGGUUCUGAUCAUGAUGGCCCCUUAAUGAAUAGAAUUUGCUAAUUAAAGGAUGGUAACUUUUAUUAUGUUGAAAAAAUUAAUCAAGUUGAUGAAUUCUUUGUAGAUGCUCUUGGAGGACUUUUCUCUGUUGUUGCUCAAGAAAUCUUAAUAGAAAUUAACCUAAACAGAUAAGAUAAAAAUUUCUAAAAAUAUUUCUCAAAUUGUAAAGUAUCUAAAACAUAUGGAGAUAUGUGGAAAUGUAUCAAAUAAGAUGAGAUCUAUCAAAUAAAAAUUAAUUAGCUGUUUUCAGGAGUUUCUAAAGACUUUAUUAUGGAAAUAGUUGUUCCGAAAUAAGAAGUAAAGAUGUUAGAAGAUUUUGAGAGAAAUUUAGAGAUAGUCAAAGGUUAGCUAACUGCUAUUCCAGUCGACAUACAAUACACAACAAAAAUAGUGAAAGAUAGCAACCUAAUUUUAACUUUGUUUUUGUAAAACGAAACUGUUCCAGUAGAUUCAGAAAUUAAUGAUGCUGUAGAAUUCAACUAUCUUAGAGUUUAAGCAGCUGAGGCUAUGGAAGUAGCUAUUAGUUAUAGUGAAAAGUAGUAAUACGAAUAAAGCUAAGUUGUAUUAAAAAGUAUUCUGAGCAAAAUAGAGAAUUCUCAUCCCAAAAACAAAUAAAAAAUUUUAAUUCUUAAAAAAGAUCUUCUUGAUUGCUAAGAGAGUGCCUAGCCAAGAGUUUAUGAGAAUGUAGGUAAAUAUAAAAUGUUAAGCAAAAAAGUAGCAAACUCUAAGUAGGCUUCAUAAGCUGUGGAAGAAUGUGAUAUGUACUAAAACAAUAUUUAAAAAGUAAUGGUUAUGUGUAUAAAAAAAAAGAAGAUGUGA